AUGGAAUUUGACUCCAAGUCUCUUUUUGAAAGCAGCACUUGUUUUAUAGAUACUAGCUCUGAAAAGCUGGUGCCAGAGGAUAUUGCUUUUCCAGUUGGAUUUGCUUGGUGUGCAGCUACAGCGGCAUAUCAAAUUGAAGAAGGCUGGAAUGCAGAUGGAAAGGGCCCUAAUGUCUGGGACACAUUCGCCCAUCAGGGAGGAGAUCGAGUUUUCAAGAACCAGACUGGUGAUGUAGCUUGUGGCAGCUACACUCUGUGGGAGGAAGAUUUGAAAUGUAUCAAACAGCUUGGAUUGACUCAUUAUAGCUUUUCUCUUUCCUGGUCACGUCUGUUACCUGAUGGGACGACAGGUUUCAUCAACCAGAAAGGAGUCAAUUAUUACAGCAAUAUCAUUAAUAACCUGGGAAAUGGCAUCCUCUCCCUGUAUCACUUUGGCUUACCUCAGUCCUUAGAAGAUGAAGGUGGCUGGAGAUUUGAAACGAUCAUUGAGACCUUUGAUAUUCAUGCAAAGCAUUGCUUCAGAACAUUUGGAGACUGAGUGAUCACUAUUAAUGAGCCUUAUGUCGUUGCUAUAGGUGGUGGUGGAAAAGCAGAUGAAAAAGCAACUGAAGAAUACCUGUCCUUUACCUUAGGUGGGUUUGUCAGGACAAUAUUUACUGAUGAUGAGUAUCCAGCCAUCACAAAAAAUGUUCUUUCUGAUGCAGCAGUAGGGCUUUCCUGGCAUGCAUCUACUCCUGGCAAUGGGACGUGUGGUGACUGCCAGUACCAAGGGGAUACAUGUAAUAACCCUAUAAUUUACAUCACUGAGAAUGGGUUUUCCCAAAGUGACCCUGCUCUACUUGAUGACAGUCAACGAUGGGAGUAUAUCAGGCUGAUUUUACAGGAAUUUUUAAAAG